UCGGGUUGCGAGCCGCCAUAAAACACAUAGAAGAAGAAGAAGAAGAAGAAGCGGAAGAGUGAUGUUUUGAUAGCGCCUCUUGCAAAUAUCAGCCAAAGUUUUAUUCAAGACACUUAAUGCGAAAGAGUGUGAGGAGGCAGCUGAGUUCUCGCUGCUGGCUUAGCGGAGCUCCGCGGCUCAGACACCCGUGUGGACCGGCAGAUGAGAGGCUCCGACCCCGCAGAGAGACCAAGCAUCUCCAGGGGCCUCUCCUCCGCUUUUAACGCCUCUCUGUGAUGCGGAGGCUGGCCGCGGCUCUGUACGGUGCCGUGCGCAGGUCAGUCUGCUCCGCCGCCGACGACAUGGCGAAGGGGAAGGGCAAGUUUUUCUACGCCGUGAGGGCGGGACUCAAACCCGGGGUCUACACCACCUGGGAUGAAUGUAAGAGCCAAGUGGACAAGUUUCCGCAGGCUGCCUUCAAGAAGUUUGCAUCGGAGAGAGACGCCUGGGCGUUCGUCAGGGGGGUCGACCCGUCUGCGGCUCCGCCUGUGAAAAACGAAGCUGCAGACUCUCAGCCAGCGGCCGCUCUGCUGCCCAGAAGAGGCCCGGAGCCGCUCGAGUACAUCCCCCUUGGUCAGAAGAGAUGUUACUCAAAGGAGGAGGCGGAGCCAAACUGCAAACGACCCAGACAACAGUCGGAGGAAGCCGCCGCCACCGCCACCACCACCGCUCACCCAUCGUCAGGAAGCGCUGAUGGGCUGACUUACAUGGGUGACGCUGUGGUGGUUUACACUGACGGCUGCUGCUCGGCCAACGGGAAGAAAGGCGCCCGAGCCGGCAUCGGCGUGUACUGGGGCCGCAACCACCCGCUGAACGUCGCAGAGCGGCUGAACGGAAGACAAACCAACCAGAGAGCAGAGCUACAGGCAGCCUGCAAAGCACUGGAACAAGCCAAACAGAUGAACAUCAAGAAGUUGGUUCUCUACACUGACAGCAAGUUCACCAUCAAUGGUGUGACCAGCUGGGUGAAGCAGUGGAAGCAGAACGGCUGGAGGCUGAAGGGCGGCGGUCAGAUCACCAACAAAGAAGAAUUUGUGAGGCUGGACAAGCUGAACGCAGAGCUGCAGGUCGUCUGGAUGCACAUCCCGGGACACGCCGGUUACCAUGGCAACGAGGAGGCGGACCGGCUGUCCAGAGAGGGAGCCGCCAAGCCGCUGGAGCAGCCGCACGAGGAGUCCAGCUGACGGCGCUGGCCCUCCGCUCCGUCCGCCGAGCUCCGCCGUCACACCGACCGUCUGAUGUCGAGUCGCGUUUCCGUUUCAUGAUUUGUGUUUUUUCUGCUGCUGCUCUUAAUUAAUAAAGUCUGAUUUGUUUGCACUGCAACCU